AUGAAUUUUAAUGAAAAUAAUUGUACCAGAUGUGGUCGCAAGAAACUUUAUGAUGAAUGGUGUAAACAAUGUGAACAUGAUUUUUUCAAAUCAAACUUUCACAAAUGGACUAGCGGAAACGAAAUUAUUGAUACCUUUAUAAGAGAAACUCAACUUUUAGCUACCACCAAGUUUAAUUUCUUAGAGUGGAUUCCUUACUCUAGUAUAAUUGAUAUUAAAUUCAUCGGUAGAGGUGGAUUUGGUGAAGUGUUCUCUGCAAUAUGGAUUGACGGUCCGAGAACUAAAUGGAAUGCCGAAAAAAAUGUUUGGGAAAGAUAUUCAAAUGUUAAUGUUGCUCUAAAAAGUCUUAAAAACAUAAAAGAGGAAGAUAUUACUAGUGAUCUUUUUAAAGAGCUUAAAGCUCAUUUAAUGUCUAAUGACCAAAUAGUAGGUCGUUUUAACGUCUUGCGCACCUAUGGUAUUACCUAUGAUCCUGAAUCAAAGGUUUAUAUGAUGGUCAUGACAUUAGCAGACUAUGGUGAUUUAUCUUCAUAUUUACAAAACCAUUUUUCUACGCUCACUUAUAUGAAGAAACUUGAACUUCUCUAUGACAUGGCAACUGGUCUCACUCAGAUUCAUAAAUCUGGCCUUGUACAUCGUGAUUUACACUGUGGUAAUGUAAUGUGCCAGGGAAUAAUGGAUAAAAACCUAGAUCAAAUUGACCUUAAAACCUCUGGUUUGUUAAACAUUGAAGGUUCAGCUGACCUUGAAAUCCCUGAUGAUUUGUGA